UACAUUUUCUUUGGCCAAUCAACUGGGAAUACUAAUCCGGUCUCAAGAGAUAUACGGUAGAAUACUCCGUAGGGACAAGCCCCUUUCACCAACUUUUAUUCUUAGACGCGCCACUCUGACUCCAGGUAGAUCUUUCCCCUUUGCCUUUCGCACGUGCGACUUCAUCAGAGAGCCAAGAAAAUCUCAGGAAAUCACCCUCUUCCUUUGACCUCAUCUGAACACUGUUUUCAUUCAAGCUCUGUCAUCUAUCUGCCCAGCCGCCGACAUGUCUCACAGCAAACGAAACACCUCACGCGCGGUGUUCACGUCCUACGAACGCUCGCUCGCAAAGGCUGCCUGGAACUCUACCAGCGCGCGUCUCUCCCGAGACUCCUUCCUGCCCUUUGCUUCUUGUAGGCUAUGUCUCAUCCCGGCACGUGACCCCGUGUCCUGCUCCCACGGUGAUAUCUUCUGUCGCGAGUGUGCGUUGAGCAAUAUCCUAGCGCAGAAGAAAGAGAUCAAGAGGUUGGAGAAGGCUAGGGAGAGAGAAGAAAAGGAGGCGGAGGAAGAUAGGAUCCGCGAGGAGGAUGAAGCGAGAGAGAGAGCUGUGCAGGAGUUUGAGAGGAUUCAGAUGGGGUUGGAGGCUAAAGUCGGAGGCGCUGGGAAAAAGAUCGUAGGGAGAGAGGAUGGGAAAAUCUUAGUAGAAGAAGAUGUUACUGGGAGCAAGAGAGGAGAGAAGAGGAAGUUCGAGCUGGAUGAGGAUGAGCUUCUUCGCAUUGCCCGGGAGGAGAGAACAAAAGCCCGGAAAGCCAUUGACGAAGAAAAGGCUUCCAAAACGACCCUCCCUUCCUUCUGGAUCCCCUCCAUCACGCCUUCCUCCAACACGAACGCGCCCUUACACACCAUCUCCAAAAAAGCCAAGCAAUCCCCCAUCUGCCCCGCCUCCCCAGACGACAACCCUCAUCCUUACUCACUACAUACCCUAAUCAACGUGGUCUUCACCGAAGAAGAAGAAGACGCAACGACCAAAACGCGCCAGCGCAUCUGUCCCUCCUGCAAAAAAGUCCUCAGCAACACCUCCAAAGCUAUGCUAGCCAAGCCCUGCGGGCACGUCCUCUGCAAGAGCUGCGUCACGAAAUUCAUGACCCCGUCCGGCGUGCAUGAUCCCCACGCUCCAGAGGUAGAUCAGAAUGCCGUCACGUGCUACGUCUGCGAUGCGGACCUGACGGACCGGAAACCGAAGAAGGAUAAGGAUGCCGCCGCCGCGAAAGAGGGGAAGGAAAAGGAGAAGGUUAAGCCGGGCUUGGUAGAGAUUAGGUGUGACGGCACGGGCUUUGCGGGGGGAGGCACAAACAAGGUCGAAAAAUUGGGCGUCGCAUUCCAGUGUUAGUUAGUUGGAGAGAGCAAUUGUGUGGCGUCUGGGGCAGCAAGAAUCAGGGUAAUUAAUCGGUAUAGGUUAUAGAAGAUUUAUUGAGGG